UAAACAAAAAUAAUUGUUAUCAAAACUAAAUGUAUAGACAGAAAUAAUCAAUGUAAAUCAAUAUGUAAAAUUAUUAUAUUUCAUAAAGGUGUGAUGUUCUUAAUAUUUAAAAUUAGAAAAGACGAUCUAAAAAACCAGGAAAUCUAUUAUGGAGUCACCACUACUAAAAGAAAAAGCAAUAAAGAUUUUUCGUGUCUGUGAGGUCCCGACAUUGAAUCUACCCAUAGAGGCGAACUGGUCCCGCUGCGAGAAAUACAUUGGAAAAUAUUACUAUAUAAUGGGAGACCUUUCACUAACAAGGCAGUCCCAAAUUAUACGUAAAAAGAUCAUAGUAUCGAGUCCCAAAAUAUAUAUACAAGAAGUUCUUCAUAACAAGUGUAAAAUACAGUUUUAAAGUGUUGUCAUCAGUUAAAAGGUUUCCAGUAAUAAAAUCUUUAUUACCUCAAUAGAAGAUCAAAGUCAGGUGCCAAGAAACGAAGAUUGGGAAACUCCGCCACCACAAAUAAAAAGAUGAAGUGUAUGUUUAAGAUCUGGAAUUUCGACAGACCAAAAAAACAAGCUGAUUUUAAUUUAUCUGAAAAAUCGAGCCGUACAGAUCCAGGUUCUAAUUAGCAAUUUACAAAAUUUUCCUCGAAGCGAAAUUUUAAUUCAGAAGAAAUCGAAGAUUCCAACAGUUUACAAUCAUUAACGAAUGGGCCACCUUCUAAAAUUUCUGCCAGAUGUGAAAGUGGUAGCGAAUUUGAAAACGUCGAAAAUGGAACUUCAAUUACGAUUGACAUAGUAAAUUGGGAAAAUUUUAACAUUUUAUGGCCUCAGGAAGGAGAUGUCUACUGGAGUGACUUACAAUCUGGGAAACGCACAAAUUUUUUAGUCAAUACUUUUAUAGUAAGAAUUGUUGAUCAGAUGAAAGGUUUUUGUUCAGAUUUAAAAGAAAAUGCCUUCGUUUGUGUGGCAAAGAAAAUGGUUGCUGACUAUCCUAAAAUUUUCAAAGAUGUAAACGAUGCAGGAGGCUCAUUUGGUGAAGGCUACUACAUCGCAAAGAAAAAGUUGAAAAACAGAUACGAUUAUUUGCUGAGGUGCAGUCAAGACAAUUUUAUGAAACAGGCUAAGAAAGUCACUUUAUCCAAUCAAAAAAGGUUGGCAAUUACUCAAGCAGGAUGCAAAAAUUGGCAGCCCGAGAAUCACCCAGAUGGAGAAAGUGAGGAAAGUAUUACUGAAAGAAAACAUUUACUUCAGGAUUUUGCUCUUACACUUGAAGCUGACAAAAAUUUUGAUCUCCUUAAUCAUUUAAAUGCUACAUAUACAGCUCAAAGGCUUUUUCUGAACAAUUUAAACAACUUUCCAGCGAUGUCUGAAGUUAUUACUGAGUGGCCAGCGCUUAUUAUUUAUAAUAUAUUACUUUGGCAUUACCAGAAGUUGAUGGAUCACGAAAUUACCCAAUUCACCGAUAGAAUGGUUCAACAAUAUGACAAAAUUUUUACGUUUAACAUUAUUAAGCAGAUGUCCGAUUUAGCGAAAUUGGUUGGUUUAGGACUGCCGGAGACACCUUGCCUGCUACGAGUAAUAGAUACAGAUCCGAACAGAUAUUAUGUAACUAUUGAUGAAAUUUCUGUUUUCAAAACGACAAAGUUUAUUAAAGCCUACUAA